AUGGAUCCUGCUUCUUUGAUAGGACUGAUCAUAGGACUUGUGCAAGCAGGAAAUGGGAUCAUCAAAGGUUUCGAUAAACUGCGCGACCUCAAGGAGGCGCCCGGCGAUGUGGCAGCAUUGGCGAAUGAGAUUAGGGACCUCCAAUUAGUGUUCGACAUGAUGGAAGGCUAUCUCGCCACUCAGCAAGCUGCUCGGGUCACACCAACAGUGCCAUCCUUGGAGGAGGAAAGUGCGGGGCAGGACGGGCAGGAUGGGCAGAAUCCCGGACAGAACGAGGAACGUCUUCAGCGGCUGUUUGAUCUGACGGAAAGAGCUCAUAAGACGCUGCGAGACCUUGUUGAGCUGAAGGAAAAAGUGUCUGGCACCGCCAUAUCGGAUAAAAGGGGCAAGCAAUCCGUCUCGAGACUCGUGUGGGUCUUCAGAGAUAAAAAGAAGGCCGCAGAACUGUGCCAAAAGGUCAGACAGGACAAACAGAACUUGUUCACGGCUAUUUCAACUUUGAUCUAUGCGCAAUUGAACAAAUUACCAAGAAUCUUCCUGACAGUGGAGACGACGGUCCACGAAAUCAAAGCCAUGAUGGUUGCCCAAUUUGGAGGUUCUUGUUCCCCAUAUUCUGCCAACGAAGCAUCGAAUGAAACCUCCGCAGACCUCGAAAAAGCCAGCUGGGGUACCGGCUACACGAUGACAAGUAUUACUGCCUUCCAGGCCAAGACCAAGUGCAAGAUGGGGUGCCCAUGCCGAUGCCACAUCAAAACUGGGGUCCAAACUCCCUCGUGGCUCAAGAGUGUUGUUGGUACGCUCUUUGUGAGCUACACCGGCUCACCGCUUUGGGGGAAACUUCCCUGUGAUCAUAAAAAGUGCGAAGCCUCCGACAAGGGGACCAAAGCAAUGACGACCUACACCUAUCACUUCCCGACCUGGCUGGUAUCGCGCGCCUUGACCUUCUCACUUGAGAAAAAGACCCUCCAGGGCAUCAAUGGCUCGUGGACUCUUCACAUUCCCAAGAUGUUGACUGACAAGGAACCUGUAUGGAGAAUCCUCGACCAUGGAACCGUACAGCAGCUUGCUGGGAUCCUAGGCCAGGGGCAGGUGUCGCCUUGCGACAUGAACCCAGAUGGAAAGUCUCUCUUGCAUUUUGCUGUCGAGUUUGAACGACCCGACAUGUGCAAAUACUUGCUCGAACAGGGUGUGAACAAGAAUUUCGAGGAUCACGCCGGUGUAUCUGCCUCCGCGAUGGCCAUUGAGAAGGUUGCGCCUGCAUCUUCGGCUGCCUCUCGGAUCAAGACUCUCUCCGAGAUCCGCCGCAUGUUUGAGGAUGACGACCUGUUGGAAACGCUCAACUUCCCGCCUUUGCACCUCGCCUUGUUCAGAACCCUGGAGAAUCCCAAUCUCUUCGCCCAGGUUCUCGAGUUCAACCUUUCUUCACUCGACGCGAUUGAUUCCUUUGGCCGCACCGCACUUGCGUGGGCCGCUGCCCUCAACAGCCCAGCCAUCACCAAACUCCUGCUCGAGUCUGGAGCUGACACGAGCAUCGUGGAUAAGAACAAGAAGACGGCGCUUCACUGGGCUAUGAAGUCCCAAUCGACAAAGGUUGCUGAACUGUUGCUCGAGAACGGAGCCGAUGUCGAAGCCCGCGACAUCUUCGGGCGAACGCCGCCAGGCCGUUGUCUGGCGGCGGCUCAUGGCCGGGCGGAAAAUGCUGCAGCGCUGGUAGAGCACGGCAACGCCAACCUCGAAGCGAUGACCAAGACGGCAAAGCGGACGCCGCUUUUCACUGCCAUCACAUACGGCAAAGAGGCGAUGGUUCGGAUGCUGUUGAGCCUUGGGGCCAGGAUCUACACGGUUGACAACACCGGGCAAGAUAUACUGCAUGAAGCGGCCAAGAUGGGGAGUGCGGGUGUAAUAGAGGCACUGAGGGACUUUGUCAUGAAGCUGAAUGAGGCGGAAGAAGGGCAUGAUGAUAUCCAGCUGGAGGCGGAUAUGGCUGACGACUCUGGGCGAUCCCCUUUGCAGUACUUUGAGUGGUGGAGAAAAGACUACAAUCCGCAUAAGGAGGGCGAAGAGAAGGCAGAGAGAACAUUCCGUGAGUUGAUAAGAGAAGUUCGUGAGUUGAGUGCGAAACGGGCGUCGAGGGUGGUCCUGCUGGACAGUAGUGACUCGGAGGAGAAGACUCGGUGGCUCGUGGACCUGGAACAGGGCAUUGAGAAGGCGAAGGUGGAUGUGAGCGUCGUCAAGAUUUCCGUUUGA